AUGACGAUCUCUUCUAUGUUUGAGAUCGUAUUAAAGAGAUAUACUUUCGGUCCUGAAGAAUUUAGUUCCGCGGAUGGUGACGAAAAACACUCAACUUGCGGAGAUAGGAAAUGUACUCACAUAUCGUACUACGGUUCGACAAAAUGUAUCCCGCAAGUCAAAUUGUUCAAACCUUUCAAACACUACGGUGUUGAGUACAAGAAGUCGAAGAAAACUUGUGGUGACGACAAAAGGAACUAUGGACGAGGGGAUAUCCUGGUUCCAGACCCGCACAGAUCACACGAUUUAAUCGAUGACUCUUGCAAAUGUCAAACUAUCUGGUGCUUGGAUGAAAGUAUGACAAUUUAUGAAAAAGGUGGCAAAUUGUUCAAAGGAAACGUCACAGUGAAGACUCCGUGCAAAUGUGAAUGCAGAAAGAGAUUCAUUAUGAUGGGACCUUAUGGCGGCGGCAAAUAAUAUUUUUUAUAUACAGAUAUUCGAUCCUUAUCAAACAAAUUUA